UGAAGUCAGUCUUUAGAAGCCAUCCCGGCAUACCGGUCGUAUAGAAAUGAGAGCCAUAAACUGGUUAACUAUUGCUCUAGUGACCUUGCUGGGUCACCGAACUACUGGCCUAGAGUUUGAAGAAUGUUCCAGUGCCCCACAAAUGGGAAUUUACGUGGCUAGUUCGAGUAAUUGCUCAAAGUAUAUUUAUUGUGCUGGGCCGGGCUCCUUUGAAGCCGAGUGCCUAGCUGGCCAUUACUACGAUGAGAAGUUGGAACGCUGUCUGGAUCGGAAAUUGGUGAAGAGGUGUCAGGAUCCUUCGGUCACCACCACCGCAUCUCCUUCGGUGGUUAAAAAACCACCAAUACCCAUUGCUGCUCAGAAAACGGAACCACUGACCAUAACCUUACGACUUUUACCAAAUGCCGGACCUUGUUAUCCCUAUAUGGUAUGCUAUGAAGGAGCGGGACUAGCCAAGGCUUGUACACCGGCUCAUCUGGUUUCCUGCAAUCGUGUUCAAUCCACGGAGAAUAUCUCCAGUUGCCAAACAGGAGUCUAUGGAUUCAUGGCACACCCAAGGUAUUGCGCUUACUUCUACUAUUGCUCCAGUGGAUCCAAGCUGAUCCAUCGGUGUCCUUCGAACUUCACCUGGCACUACGAACGAAGAUCCUGUGUCCAGCAAUCCGAAAAGAAGUGCUAUUCCGAUGGACUUAAAUUAACAAAAAAGAAGGCAGUUACUAGAAGACCAACCAGCAAAAUUUCUAAUGUUAGAAUAUAGAUUUAAUUUAAGUUAAAGUUUCGUAUAAA